CAACGAAAGGUAAAGGCAAAUUAAGGUUUCCAUGGAAGGGGAAGCUGGUUCGUACGGGGAAAUGAAGCCGAACGUCGUCGUUAAACAAAGUAAUGGCGAUGUUGUAGGUGAUAAUGAUGUUGGGAAUCUGGGAUCCGUUGAAACCCCUGAUUUUCUUUCCGAGAAAAAAUUCCCAACCUGUUCUGUAGCAAUGCCGGCAUCUGGACUAAAUACCGCAAGCCCAGCUACAUCCCAACUCACCAUCUUCUAUGAUGGAAUUAUUUGUGUGUUUGAUGCAAUUCCAUCGGAAAAGGUGCGGGAGAUUAUGCUUAUUGCUGCAACAGCUGCUGCUGGUGCUGCUAAAUCUGCUGACGUGAAGAAUGUCGCAAUUGAUUGUGCCACCACUUCACCUGUUCUUACGAGGUCUCCUUCACUUCAGAGUACUGCAACAGCAACUGCUUUGGCUUCACCACAGGCACAAGUGUAUUCUAUUAACAGGCCCACCUUCUACAAACUGCAAGCUGAAUUACCAAUUGCAAGGAGACACUCCCUUCAGCGAUUUUUGGAGAAGCGGCGGGACAGGCUGGUGAACAGGAACCCAUAUCCUAAUCCAUCAACACCAAAAUCAUUUGACGACACCAAAGCUAACCCCGGUGUUGCAGCUUCACCGGAAUCAGGUUGCUUUGGUAAAUCACCUGUUCCUCAAGAAGAAUUCCAACCAAAAGCUCCAGCCCAUGCUGUCUAAGCAAAACAUAUGUCAUGUUGUAGCUGUGUUAUCUUAUUGAAAUGCAAAGUGCACUAGAAUAAUGACCUUGAUAAGCCUUUGGAAUUGAUGUGUAUUGCGAGUGUACGACUCAAAAUAGGUCUCGUGCUAGGUCUUGCUAUUAUUUUCUAUUGCCUCUAGGGGACAAUUGUGAUGUCCAUAAAACCCGGUUACCCUGUCUCUAAUAUGUCUCACAAUUGACAAACUAAGCUAUCUAGGGUAUGGUAUGCAUGUAAA